AUGCGUCGAGGCCGGGCAAAGAAAAAGGCGGCGCAGACCCCACCUGCGAGGGUAAGCACUCUUUCGCCAACAACAAAUUCUAGCGAGGGGAAGGGUAAGUCCAUUGAUACGGAGAUGCCUACGCUUGAAUCAAUUGAAGAGAAGAAUAACACAGAGAAAACACAGGGUGAGCAAAAGAAAUCAGAAGCACAACCACAGCUGUGGGUUGGUGUUAUCAAAGGGAAUCGCCUUCCUUCCCAUGGAAUAGGAUUGGAGUAUACUCCUCCAGAUCUGGUUGAUGGGGAAGUGGAAGUGGAAAACGCUUUGAUCUUGUACGCUAUUAAGGAUGAUUUGUCUAUGAACGCGGUGAAAAAAUUCAUUAUGAAUGUAUGGAACUUUGUUGUCUUGCCGGACUUAUACUAUAACAAGGAGGGAUAUUUCCUGGUUCGUUUCACAUCGAAGGAAGACAAAGAUGCUGUCCUGAUGAGGGGACCAUACACGAUAUUCAAGAAGCCAAUCCUACUCCAUGAAUGGACCCCCGAUUUCACUCUACAAGAUGAUGUCCUGAGAGUACUUCCCAUCUGGGUGACUUUCCCUCAACUACCUCUGAAAUUUUGGGGGGAUAAGAGUAUAGGGAAAAUUGCUAGCGCAGUAGGUAAACCACUCAUGACUGAUGAAUGUACUGCAAGAAAAUUAAGAGUGUCCUAUGCCAAGGUAUUGAUUGAAGUAGAUGUAACAGUUGAGCUGAAGGAAGAAAUAAUGAUCAGGGAUGGCAAUUCAGGAAAAAUCUCUCAGCGAGUUGAAUAUGAAUGGAGGCCUCCAUUCUGUGCUAAAUGCAAUAAGGUUGGGCAUACUUGCAAGAAUAAGGUUGAGAUCCCAAUGAAGCCGAUAUGGAAACCUAAAAAGAAUGAAGUAAUUCAGGAGUCAGAGAAACCUAAGGAGACGAUUACCCAAGAGGACACACAAGAGAAAUGGAAUACAGUGAGCAAGGCAAGUCAGGGUAAAGGAAAGAAACCUAUUCAAGCUCCUCCAGAGGUGGUGGUCAGUUGCACAAAUGGUUUUGAUGCUCUCAAAGUUGGAGACUGCUUUGAGAGUGGAGGACCAAGUUAUAUAUGA